CGGGAGCCGCUCCCUCCCCCCUCUCCCUCAGACCGAGCCGCGGCCUGAUCCCGAGCGGAGCGGCCGCUCAGCCCCGACCAUGAGCGGGAGUCCGGGGGUGUCCGCUGGUGCGCGGCGUCGCGGGCACGGCUCAGGCUCGGUGCCGGACGGAGUGAGCAAGGCGGGCCGCACUCUGAGUCACCGCGACCUGAAGAAGCUGCAGGAGCCGGAGCCCGAACCGAGCGACAGCAAACGGCUCAGUUGUCAUAAACUUCAGGAGUCCUUGUUCAGUUCAGCGAGUGGAUACAGCAAUUACAGAGGGAUUCUGAACUGGUGUGUGGUCAUGCUGAUUUUGAGCAAUGCUCGUCUUUUUCUGGAGAAUCUUAUUAAAUAUGGAAUAUUAGUGGAUCCAAUUCAAAUAAUCUCUCUGUUCCUGAAAGACCCCUACAGUUGGCCUGCUUUGUGCCUUAUCAUUGUCUCGAAUACUUUUGUAAUUGUGACACUGCACAUUGAAAGGAAAAUGGCUAUGGGUGUUUUGUCUGAGCGUUUCGGGUUGGCUUUGCACACAGUUAACCUGACCACCAUUCUAUCCUUCCCUGUAGCAGUGGUAUUAUCGGUCGACUCAAUAACUCCAGUGGGUGCUGUGAUGGCACUGAUGUGCUACACCAUUCAGUUUCUCAAACUCUACUCGUACAAAGAUGUCAACAAGUGGUGUCGAGAAUUGCGCAGAGCAAAAGUCAAGACUCUGGUGAGAUCUCUGUCAGCUCCUGGCUUGAAAGAGAAUGGCGAUGCCGUACAAUCCGUGGUCGUGUAUCCAGGGAACCUGACAUACAAAGACAUGUAUUAUUUCCUAUUUGCACCCACCCUGUGCUAUGAGCUAAAUUUUCCCCGAUCGCCCCGGAUCCGAAAGCGGUUCUUACUGAGGAGAGUGUUUGAAAUGCUUUUCCUCAUCCAGUUGCAAGUGGGGUUAGUUCAACAGUGGUUGGUGCCUGCUAUACAGAAUUCCAUGAAGCCAUUCAAAGAUAUGGACUAUUCCAGGAUGAUAGAGCGCUUACUGAAGCUUGCAGUUCCCAACCACCUAAUCUGGCUCAUCUUUUUCUACUGGCUUUUUCACUCAUCUAUGAACGUUUUAGCUGAAGUAAUGAAGUUUGGCGAUCGGGAGUUCUACAGGGACUGGUGGAAUUCAGAGACCGUGACAUACUUCUGGAAGAACUGGAAUAUUCCCGUUCACAAGUGGUGCAGCAGGCACUUCUACAAGCCCAUGCUGAAGAUGGGGGUGAACAAGAGGAUAGCCCAGACCGCGGUCUUCCUGGCAUCCGCUUUCUUUCAUGAGUAUCUGGUCAGUGUUCCUUUGAAGAUGUUCCGUCUGUGGGCAUUCAUGGGGAUGAUGGCUCAGGUCCCACUGGCUUGGUUAGUUGGGAAGUUUCUGAGUGGGAAUUAUGGAAACGCAGCAGUGUGGCUGUCCCUGAUCAUCGGUCAGCCAAUUGCAGUGCUGAUGUAUGUCCACGAUUAUUACAUCCUGAACUAUGAGGGAUCGCAGUGAUCACAGAAACGUGCAAAAACGGCACCAUCUGGAACGUGAGCAAGGACACUCAUCUACUUUCAUAAUCAGUGGAAAUUUCUUGGAGAGUAUUUUCUUUUGCUUUAAAGGGUUAAAUGCCUUAAAUUGUUUGUGGAACACACGGGCCACCAUCCUGUGUGAAUUAUUCUUUUUGUAACCACAGAGCAGUGGGGGAAAUGGUAAUGCAGUCACUGAAUAUUGCAAAUUGGACCCAGAGGACUGAAGCUGGUGACUGGCUGGUCAGGGGUUUGGGGGAUGAGGGUCAGGUGGAAAUAGAGUUUCCAGGCGGCAAGAUCCCGGUGAUGUGGGAUGUAAAAUGUGUGACCCAUAAGCUCGUGUAACCGUCCAUUGUAAAAGAGGGAAAGGUGGUUGGAUUUUGUCUGCAUGAUCCCCAACAAAUGGGGGGUGGGAGGGGGCAGUGGGAUUGGGUGAGAAAAUUGGAUGAGCCUGGUGAAAAUAAUUCAUUCACCAUCUCUCUCCUCAUCCAGGAUCGGGGGAUUGAAGCACACAAUAGGGUGUUCUUUUCUCUUCUACCUUUAUUUGAAAUGUCUGAGAGUAUUAACAUUGAAAGUCAGCUGAAUGGUACCCCAUGGAGGACACUUAUUUCUUUCAUUUUUGUUGUUUGUUUGUUGCUGGUAGGUUUCUUUUUUUGCAUCUCACAUUUCCUCCACCCAGCAAGGAACAUUGCUGGUCACAGGUUGGAGUUGUGAUAGCUGUGUUUAGGAAUGUGCUCUGUGUAGUGAAUGAGCCCAGUGUAGGAUUUCUCCAUUUUGCUGAGGACAUGUAGCCCUCAGGGUGAAUAAGCCUCCAGGAGUCGAUCAUCAUCUCCAAAUAAUUUAUCAAUUACCUGCUGAGUCAAUGGAAGGGUAAGGUUAUAAGAUGGAGUAAAAGCCGUGUUUUCAUCCUCUGUGAGUGUCUCCCUUGUGCCCUGGUUUCCUGAAGCCUGCUCCCCUGUGACAAGGUUACAGCCGGUGAGCGAUGGAAUGAUUUGCCUGGAUGAGGGAAUCUCACAGGAGCAAGUCCUGCCCAGCAGCUUUACAUUCUGUCAGAAACAUUGACUUUUGCUGACAUAUUCUAACAAAACGUUGGAUGAGUGAGUGAAUGCCUUAAACAACAAAAUACCCUUCCAUUGCCUACUUCCAUCAGUUUCUCCUUUAGGAACCGUGCUCUGGUUUUAUCAUGUCCAGUCAACAACCAAGUGUUAUGGAUGUUUCUCACUAUAAACACUGAUCAUAGGAAAACUUAAUAUUUUUCAAAAGUGUUUUCAUGUUUAAGGGAGCUAAAACCAGUCUGAACCAGAGACCAUCCUCCCCAGAAAAGUGUCUGUUUUUCACUAAGUGCCUGACUGAUUUUGAAACCUCUGAUUGUAAGUUUGUUUGAUUCCUACUGCAACAAAACUGCAUCAACAAUGCAAUUUCUGGAGUAUUAUCUUUCGUAGAGUCAAACUUUAACAUUCCUGUCCCACUAGGGGAGCACAUCAGCAACUGAAAUCUGGAUUGAUUUGAAUCGAGGAGAGGGGCUUAUUUUACUACAGGCGAACAACAAGUAGAGGAGGGGAGUGGUGUGUGGAUAGAUGCUUCAACUAAUAGGAUCUGUGUUGAGGUAGUUGUUUCCUGUUGUGUUGUCACCAUUGCUGAUCACAGUUCAUGAGUAAAGCCAUUGAGGUACAUGAGUACACCGCACUGGCGAAAUAUAUAUUGAAUAGGAGGAAGCAUUAAAGAAGCAACUUAGGCUGUGAAAUAUUCUAAUGUUUUGUUUCUGUUUAGUGGGUCUGAGUUUAUUUUUAGAGAGGGAUUGGAGGAAAGGAGAGCAAGGAAAUCUGCUCCAGCCUGACCCUGACCUGAGAACACCCUGCCUCAAAUUCUUCCCUCGCGCCAGUUUCCGUGUUAUCCCUUGCUUCUCACCUCCUUGUGGCUCUUAUUCAAUACCCGCAUCCUGCACCUGGAAAUGAGGGAGGCAGAUUAUUGGAAAAUCAAGGGGUGGCAAUGAUUUUCUGUUUCAGCAAUCUCUAACCGGUCUGUACAGUCAGUGAAUCCUGACUGGAGAACGCAGUGCAGAGUCUGAUUUUAUUUGGUGGGUGGGGGGAGGAUCCGGACAAUACGAUUGUGUUGUCCUAUUUGCGCUCAUUUUUGACUUUUGUAUGGCUCUUUUUUUACUUUUAUAAGAACUGCCGUCCUCUGCAGAGAUCUUAUUUUUGUAAAUACACUGCCCCCAUCUGGGGGGUGGGCUGUGUAACAGGGAGCUGAGGCAAAACUGUGAUGCUCCCAUCUGGGGGGUGGGCUGUGUAACAGGGAGCUGAGGCAAAACUGUGAUGCUCCCAUCUGGUUCAUUGUAUUUCACAGAUCUAUUUUUACUACUUCCAUUCCCUUUUGUCCUGUGAAUAGGACUAACCAGAACGUGGAACUCCCGAUCUCCUACUGUAAUAGGACCCUGUGGUUAGACAAGUGCCCUGUUUGGAAGAGGUCACAUAGAUGUAGAGGACCAUAGACUGCUCUCUGUCUCUAGAGAGACAUGGGGAGGUUGAAACGGCAGGACCUUCAUGUUGACCUCACCCAGUUCAGGAGUAGUUUAAUACAUUGUAGAUUAUGCAACCCCAGUUUCUCUCAUUAUUGAAUGACGCCUGAGUUCUGCUGAUUAGAGCCUAAUUAGUAUUGAAUACUGUAUGUGAAUGCUAACCAUGUAAUAUCAUUUAGUUUCUUAACCCUCUCAAUCAAAGUGGCCAGCUUUCUCUAUUUUCGAACAAAGCUGCAGAAAUUUGUUUACCAAACUCUACACUAGGUAGUGAUUUUACAAUCUGCCCUUGUCGGAAGGGGGAAGGAAUUACUGCAUUAUCCAAGAAAAGUUGUGUCCCAGUCUUGCUCCCCGUGGGCGGCACGGUGGCACAGUGGUUAGCACUGCUGCCUCACAGCGCCUGUAGACCCGGGUUCAAUUCCUGACUCAGGUGACUGACUGUGUGGAGUUUGCACGUUCUCCCUGUGUCUGCGUGGGUUUCCUCCGGGUGCUCCGGUUUCCUCCCACAGUCCAAAGAUGUGUGGGUCAGGUGAAUUGGCCAUGCUAAAUUGCCCGUAGUGUUAGGUAAGGGGUAUGGGUGGGUUGCGCUUCGGCGGGUCGGUGUGGACUUGUUGGGCCGAAGGGCCUGUUUCCACACUAAGUCUAAUCUAAAAAUCUAUUAUGCUGCUCAGUUGUAACCUUGAAUCGGAAGUUCACCCAGUGCCCUCUUGCUGUCGUCCUGGUUUCAAUGAGUUACAGAUACAACAAACGCACCAGCAAUGUCCCUCCAAACAUGUAUUUUUAAUGCUGUUUUAUGUAUAUAGAAUUAAUUUCUGAUAUUGUAAUGAUUUUCCUCUACAAGUGCCAUGUCUUUUAGGGAGUAUCUUGGAAAUUGAACAAAUAAAUAGAGAUCAUGGAUUUAAAAAGGGAAGCCAGGAAAAAGGUCUGGCCAGCCUGCAAGUGGGUAUCUCUUUAUGUAGCACUUGCAAUAGGUCUGAUUUUUAAUAAAAACAAUUUUAAACAA